AUGAAGGAACAGAAAGCAGCAAAAGAAGUUCUAAAAUUGGUAUGUGAUGAAAUAGAGAAGUCGAAAUUAAAUGAUGCUCACUAUCACACCAGACCGGUUCUUGAGGCCGCAUGUCAUGGUAUUUAUGAGGUUGUUGAUGAGAUUUUAAUGAGAUCCCCUGAAGCAAUUCAACAUAAAGAUGAGAGUGUGUAUGACGAUAUACAGAAAUGGAGAAGCUCGUGUUCCCACGUGUUUGCGGCAACCAUUACAGUAGUACCAGGUGGAAGCAAUCAAGAAAUAGGCAUCCCUGUGUUUACAAAAGAAAUUGCUUUCACGAUCUUUGCAAUAACAGAUGCAAUCUCACUAUUUGCAUCCAGCAUAGCAUUACUGAUGUUCUUGUCCAUCCUCACAUGA